UUUAAAUGAAUUCUUAUCAAUAAAUCUUUUUCAAAAAAAAGAAAGAUUAAAUUGUUUUUCCUUUUUUUUUCAUUUGAAUAAUUUGAAUAAAAUCAAGAAAUUACUGUUUCAACUUUGUUGUUGUUGUUGUUGUUGGAGAUACUUAAAUAUAUAUAUAUUAAUCACUUUAAAUAACUAAUAGACUAAAUGUUCCAUUAAUAAAAUACUUAAUUAAUAUUUAAAUUUAUAACGUAACGAUUAAAAAAAAACAAUAUCAAAGGUCAACAUCAAAUAGAAAAUGUCUACUGGUUAUAUACUACUGACAGAUGAUGCAUACGGUCAAGAUUUGUAUAUGUUAAAUAGAUGUUUAGAUGAUAUUGAAUGGUUUGAAAAGAAUUUUAGAAAAAGUUUUAGAUCUUCACCAGACGAACUUGACAAUAAACAGACUAUAAAUGUAAAACAAAAUAAUGAUGAACCGCCAGAUUCUACUGUAGCAAUCGAUUCUUUACAAAAAGUUAAAUAUGCAUUAAAUAUUAUUGAAAAAAUUCGUAAAUCAGUACCAUAUAUAUCAAAGGAAAUUUUUAUUUAUUUAAUAAGAAUUGUACGUAAAGUUCAUACAGUUGCAAAAUCAAAACAAAUUACUAAUUACAAUUCUAAUAUUGUAGUUGAUGUAAUUGAACCAUUAUUGAAUGAAAAUACUAUUACGUCAAUAUUUAAAUUAUUAUCAGUUAAAACAAAAGAAUUAUGGUUAGAUCUUGGACCUGCAUGGAAUACACCAAGCUCGAAGUGGCCCAAUCCACUGAAUAUUUAUAUGCCAAUAUUUUAUCAUCCAUUGAAAAAAAGAUCUAGACAUAGAUCAAAUGAAGUGAUUAGUCGAAAUCCAGUAUUUAAUUCACGAAUAGUUCUGAAAGGAGCAUCAGAAAUCAAUAAUGAAUAUGAACCACGUUUUCAUGGUGGUUUGCGUUAUUUCCGCAUUGAUGAUAAAGAAUAUUUGGCCUAUCAACGAUUUCGAAAAAGAACUAAACAACAUGAUGAAUCGUAAGUGUUAGUAAAUCACAGUGAUAAUAAGUUUUUCCCGCUGAAGUUUUGUAAACUGAAUGCCUUUUUAAGCGGAGAUGGAUGGUGGCUAACAGUGAAAUACAGGAUGCGUGUUUCAUCCCUUUCGGAACUCGCCAGCUGGAUGCACCUGCGUCUCAGAGUUGAUGUUCACUCUGAGACUCGAACCCAAUACCCUUCUCUUCGAAAGCCAUCGCAUUGUUCACUUAGCUAAUGAGUGCUGAUAGCGACUUGCUUGUGCAGUGGGAUGAAGUUUAUAUUCACUUGGCAUUGUUUACUUGAAUUUCGCCAUUAAUGUAAAGGACCGUAAUUGAUCACAGUUUACACUUUGUGCAGUUGCAUAUAAGAUUUAUUUCACAACUUGGUAAUUGUCUGAAGACCAUAAGUUCUACUGUUUUACUAUUCACUUACAUAAAAGUUUAGGAUCAUCUCUCACAACUCGUGGGCAUCCUGUUUUAUAAAUAUGCAAACAUAACUGCAAAAUUCCGCAUUUUAUUCUGGUUCUAACUGAAUAAAUGUAAUGCGAGAUAGACAUGUUUAAUCCUACGCUCAUAUUAAAUGUUUAAUAUCUAUAACAAAGCCAGUCGCUUCAAAAUACAAACCACUAUCACUGUCGGUUAGUCUUUUGAAAAGAAACAAGAUGAAAUAAAAUUCACAUGUCAUGCAUAUUAUGCAAUAAAAAAAACAUGUCAAUAAAUCAAAACUGUUUGAAUGGAUGAAUAUAAAUGUCAUUUAUAUAUAUACUCCCACACAUUCUCCUUCUCCCGGGGAUCGACUGGAUUACAAAGACGUCAACACCUGGGUGAAAGCAUGGGUUACAGUAGAAAGUUAGGGUGAAUCUGGACGAUCUAGACUUCGUAGAUGAUCUGGCUAUUCUACCGCACACGCAACAACAAAUGCAGAAGAAGACGACCAGUGUAGCAGCAGACUCAGUAGCAGUAGGUCUCAACAUAAACUAAAGGAAAAGCAAGAUUCUCUCAUACAACACUACAGACACCAAUCAAGUCACACUUGACAGAAAAGCUUUGUAGGAUGUAAAAACCUUCACAUAACUGGCCAGCGUCAUCGAUGAACACGGUGGAUCUGAUGCAGAUGUGAAGGCGCAUAUUGACAAAGCAAGAGAAGCAUAUCUACAACUGAUGAACAUCUGCAACUCAAAACAACUGUCAACUGCCAACGCCAGAGUUAGAAUUUUCAAUACAAAUGUUAAGACAGUUCUACUGUAUGAGGCGGAAACUUGGAGAACUACGAAAGCGAUCGUUGAGAAGAUACAAGUGUUUAUUAACAGUUGUCUAAGCAAAAUACCUCUGAUCCGUUGGCCAGCACUAUCAGCAACAACCUACUAUGGGCGAGAACAGAUUAGAUUCUAGCAGAGGAAGAAAUCAGUAAAAAGCGCUGGAAGUGGAUUGGACACACAUUGAGGUAAGCACCCGACUGCAUCACAAGGCAAGACCCCACUUGGAAUCCUCAAAGCCAAAUGAGGAGAAGAGGAAGACCAUAGAACACAUUAUGCCGGAAAAUGGAGAGAGACAUGAGAAGAAUGAACAUGAAUUGUAUAAAACUAGAAAGGGAGGCUCAGGACAGAGUGGAUGGUGGCUAUGCUCCACCGGGAGUAACAGGUGUAAGUAAGUAAUAUAUAUCGUGUGUGCACACUGCUGAGGAAUCCCACAAUAAGACAACACGGCGGUCCAGUGCUUCCAGGUUUUCCAUGAUGGUCUAUUUUCAGUUGACUCAUGAUUUAAACUAUUGAAAAUUACUAUAAUAUCCACACAACCCCUUAUGAUACUAAAUUCUAUUCAAUUGUCAUGUGGUUUUUUCCCAUGUUUUUUUGUGUUUUAUAUUCUCACAGAUAAAAAAAGAUGUUUUUCACAUUUAAACUGUUAAUUAGUUGUUUAUUUGUUGUUUACAAAAAAUAAGAAUAUUUUGUUUCUAUCUGAGUUUUAUUAUGUUUGUUUAUUUCCUUAUUUAUCAAAAGUCUAGGUAAAUAUAUUACACGUGAUCCACAAUCAGUUCAUAGUUAUACUACUACUACUACUACUACUACUACUACUACUACUAAUAAUAAUAAUAAUAAUAAUAAUAAUAAUAAUAAUAAUAAUAUAAAUGGGAAUCAAGAUUAUGUUAUCAAGGUGAGUAGAUGUUGUGGAUACACCAAAUUGUAGAUACUGGGAACUUUUAAAGAUUAUAUACAGUGGAAUAGAACUACUUAGAGAGUUGUUAAUUUUUUUGUUAUUGUAAUCAUUUCAGUUAUUCAAGAUGCUAUUAUAUGUUUUUGCAAGGGUUGGGUUGGUAAAAAUACUCCAUCAGAGACUGAUCAGGUAAGGUCCAGAAUUCGACAACGAGGAAUUAAAAACGUAUAUUAAUAACUUCAGACCUGUUGAAUAAUAUGAGAACCAUCUGAACACGCUAGUAGCUGAGUGAAUAGCUAGUUGGCAUUGAAAAAAGUAACGCAUCGGGUUUGAUUCUCGUUGUGACUAUAACAUAGAGAACCAAGCAUAUUAUUCUGAUAAGUCCCAAAUCAAAUAAAACGAGUUUCCUGCCUUUUACAUCCAGCUACGUACAUUAUGAUUUAACCACUCAGAUGAAAUCCGUAUGUGGCUGACUCUAUAUGUCAUGGCUCCACAGUUAAAAAUCGUUUAACUAAAUAUCACCUGACUUGUAAUGCAGUAUUGUCAGGCAAUUUUCGGCUUUACUCUAAACAGUAUUGUAUUCGUUUAUUUUUAGAACAACCGUAAUUUAAUUCUUAAUAAACUAUUUUCAAUAAAAAAUUAACCACCCUGAGCUUACUACGUAUUGAUUCCCGGAUUACGUUUUGUAUGACAGUUGAAUAAACUAGUUGUUUAAAUAUAUAAAUUUAAUGUUAGCAGUUGAUUUCAUCCUUUUCCAUCAUAAGAUCUGUUGAUUGGUUAUUUUAUGAUUUAUGAAUUAUAAUUCUCUAGUUAUCAGAAGGGGUUUUGUGCAGAUUUUAAAAAUUUCACUGGUUGAAAUCAUGACUCAAUUGAAGCUAGACCACCAUGGAAAACCUGGAAGCACUGAACGGCCGUUUCGUCCUAGUAUGGUACUCCUCAGCAGUGUGCAUCCACGAUCCCGAACCCCGCGAGAUUCAAACCAACGACUUAUCAGUCUCGCGUGCGCGCGCUUAACCAUUAAACCGGUGAGUCGGCAUCCAACGGUGUUAAUGUCUAACUUCAACCAGUCCACGAAGUUUCGCCACCGCACACCAUUGUCUUCAGUGAGUUGAUAUCAGAGAACAGACGUGGUUGAACUCCACUGGUAACGGCUUCCCACUAGAACUUCGGGAGUAUCUCUUGAAGGCUCUGGGUUCGGAUCUCGCGAGGUGCGGGAUCGUGGAUGCGCACUGUAGAGGAGUACCAUACUAAGACGAAACGGCCGUUCAGUGCUUCCAGGUUUUCCAUGAUGGUCUAGCUUCAAUUGACUCAUGAUUUCAACCAGUAAAAUUCUUUAGUUACCUUUUCAUGGAAAUUCAUAUUCAACUUAAUGAACAUUAUAUUGUAAUAAGAUUAAAGAUUGCUAAUUUAACAACGAUACGUUUUGAUAGAAAAUAUUAAAUUAUUACCUUGAAUCACUUUUGAUCUUUAAAUUGAAAAUAUAAUCUAAAUUAUGUUAAAUAAAUC